UGUCCUUCCCAGCAUGAAAUCGUUUUCCAAAAACGUUUUUUUUAAUUUUUCAACGUUUCUCCCCGAAUUAGAAUCUAUAAAUAGAUUUCUAACUAAAUAUAUGUAACAACCCAACCCUUUCACCAGUCGUCUAUUUAAGCAGCAUAAUACGGGUGCUCGAGUCCAUUCCUUUUUUACCUGCAGACUAGUGAACACGAACGUCAAAGUUUAUUUGUUAAAAUUAUCCGGAAAAAUAAAACAGUUUCCAAUUUAUAUUUUAAUAGAUCACUAUGAAUUCUACUAAAUUUCAUAUUCUCGUUUUCGCAACCCUUUCUCUAACGAAUGGAUUAGUAUUACGGGGGAAGAUUUCAGCUCUACCAACGUCUCUUGGGAACCAUCAGAAAUACAACAACCUUCACUUUGGACUUGUCCCUUCCGACUUAAAUUUUGGAGAUCUUAAAAAAUCUGAUAUCUCUCAACCGCAAACGGACUUCAUGUUGUCCCAAAUUGAUCCGAUUCCCUGCCGAAAUAUUAGAUCCAACUUGGAUUUCGAUUUAGCUGCCGACGUUAAACAACUCAUCAGCGACCAGUUGGAAGUCUCCGCGUCAAAGGUGACGGACGAGGCGUCAUUUAUCGAUGAUUUGGGCGCGGAUGAUCUCGCCGUUGUUGAGCUAGUUUUGGCCGCGGAGGAAAGGUACGAAUGCACCAUUCCGGAUGCAGAGAAUCUUAGGCUGGUUAUCGAUUUGAUAAACUCCGUGAAAAAGUACUGUUCACAUAAUUGACAAAGGUGUUGUUUACCUUUUUGAAUAUUUUUAUAUUUAAAGACGGAAAAGUUUCUUCUUCCUCGUUACCUAUUUAUGUACUAGCAAAUUGUCAUACAAUAUUUACCAAUUAUGUAUUUGGUCCCAACGAUCAAUUAUUUUAAUUGUUUUUUUAUGUACUUAAUUAAUUAAUUCUGUUUUAAAAAAUGUCUAUAUUAUAAUUUCGAAAAAUUCGGCCCGUCAAAAAAUUCCGUGACAUUCUUGCAUUCUGAUUGGUUGCCGGCUUUCUAGCUCCAUCAAUCAUGGAGGGGACACUACUUAUGAUUAUGACUAUUAUUAUGCAUAUGAUUAUGGAUAUGUUUACGAACAUUAAUAUGAAUAUAAUUAUGCAUAUGAUUAUAAAUAUGAUUAUGAAUAUGAUUGUGGAUAAGAUUAAGAAUAUGAUUAUGAGCUCGAUUAUGAAGAUGAAUCUAAAUAUGAUUAUGAAUAUAAUUAUGAAUAUGAUUGUGGAUACUGUUAUGAAUAUGAUUAAGAAUAUGAUCAUGAAUUAUAUUCAUGAUCAUGUUAUGAUUAUGAUUCCAUAUCAACGUUAAAUGUCAUUGGAAACGUUAACCAAAUUGCUUGGUUACCUUAAAAAUCUACUUAGCAACACAGGCAAAUCCUUAGAAACGUUACAAAAAUCUGUUAUGACCUCAAUCAUGAAUUAUGUUUGUUGUUAGUUUACAAAUAUUGUUGAAUUAUAAUUUCCAUUGAAAUUAGUACAUCACGUCAGUUAUUUAAUACCUUUCUUGGAUCAUUUUGAUAUGUCCGUUUAAAAUUUAGAUGUGGCCCGUCUAUAAGACGGGCUUAUAGGCUAGUGCUUGUAAUAAAAUUAGUAUCAACGACAUAUUGUAAUAAAUUACAUACAUUCGUA